AUGCUUGGUGGGCUGCGACACGGCGGAUGCAAGUGGAUCAGCGGCGUGGCUGCGGACAAUGACCUUUUCCUGCCACGGCAUUCCAUGCAACUCGCCAUCCAUCCUCAUCGUCGAUUCAGCCGCAAAUGCGCGACGCGUUCCGCCCACACAAACAGGCAAUACCUCGUCACCUUCAGGGGCACCACCAAGUCUGCUCGCUCUGAUGCCAUGCGCAACCACCUCCCCAAGCUGCACAAUGGCAGGGGCAUUGUGUUGGUGUGCGCGUGCCGGUGGUUUCUUGGCGAGGAGCGCAUGGGUCGUGAGGGCGAAGAGAAAGAGUUCAACAGGUACACGUACACGGAGCUGACGCUGGAGACCAAGUUUGGGCUCAUCAUCAUGGCUGCGGGUGCCAUCCCCGUCAUUGUCGUCGAUCACUACGUGCUGCCCUACCAGGACCUGCUGGACUGGGAGACGUUCAGUAUUCGCAUUCCCGAGCACAGGCUCCUCGAGGAGUUCUUCAAGUCCCUCUCCACCCAAGUGCACACAGCGCUGGAGUCUGCCAGGAUCAACCUGUUCAGCGGCGACAACGCGUGGCAGCCCUACCAGGACCUGCUGGACUGGGAGACGUUCAGUAUUCGCAUUCCCGAGCACAGGCUCCUCGAGGAGUUCUUCAAGUCCCUCUCCACCCAAGUGCACACAGCGCUGGAGUCUGCCAGGAUCAACCUGUUCAGCGGCGACAACGCGUGGCAGAGGGCCCUUGAACCAGCAGCUGUCACCCCCUCCCCCUCCACCAAACACCACUGCUCUGGUGGGAUGAACAGACGGGCGCUGCCAUGUAAUGACCGUCCAGCCACGCCCCAUGUGUGUAUGAUGCGCACAGCACCAGUGCAACCAACCAACCCAUCGCCCACUGCUGCUGCUGCCGGGAGCUGGCUGUUUGCAGCUGGGAACAGGUGGCGACAGCACAAGUUGCAUUUUCGGCUGGAAGCAGCAACAGCAGCAGAGGCGAUGCACACUUACAGGCAGGAUGAGGGAAAUGUCGAGGAUUCUUGCCACGCGUGCCAGCUGCACUCGCAUCACACAUGGAUGUUGAUGGAAGCGGGCUCGCAUGCCGGCUGCUCCUGCUGCAACUUCCCCGAUUCGGCUGCCGCUGUUGUGCUCAUGCAGCGUUCCCACAUGUGUGAGCAAGGGGGGCGACUGCCUGAGGAUCGUUGGAGGAUGAUGAUGGGUGGUGCACACAUGAUGGAUCGGGAGGAGCAGCUGUGGACACACACGUCCAUGGUCAUGGUGGGCACAUCCAACCACAGCGACGCAAUCAUGCGCAGGUGCGUCUCCUCUGUCAUCACCGCCAUCGACCGCACAGCCGCCAUCACACUCCGGCCGACACCAGCUCCAAUCUGGCGUGAGGCAGACCUUGCACAUGUCACUCGCUCUGAUGAAGAGGAGGCGCAUGAAGCGGUGGAACCAACAACGAUGAUGACGAUGACGAGUGAUGAAGCAACAGCAGUACCUGAUGUGGCUGCAUUGUGGAUGAACGGGCCCUCUGCCUCUGGGCCAUCUCCUCCUCCUCGUCCUCGUCGUCGUUGGUCCCCAACAGCAGCGGCUGCGGCUAUGGAUGUGGAGAGUGUGAUGUGCGUCGAUGUGCCGUUGCCUCACAUGACGACGAUGAUGAUGGUGGUGAGUGGUUUGUGGUGGAUGUGGACAGCGCACGCACACGCAU